CCCCCCGACCCUCCUGCCGGGCGGAGGAGGGGGAGGGAACGAGGGGGAGGAGGAGGAGGGAGGGGAGAGAAGCGGAGAGGAGAGAAGAGCGACAAGACACGAGAGACGCGCCGCAACUUGCUGCUGCUCCCUCCCUUCCCCUGCGCUGGCCGCGCUGCCCGGCCCCUGCGGGUGCGCCCCGCGGGACGCGCCAUCCACGGGAGCAGCUCUGCGCGGGGCUGGCGCCUCCCGCCCAGCGGCUUUUGCUUCCUCACUUGGACAGCCUAUAUGAAGACCUGCGUGGAUGAUGUUAUAAGAAACAGAAGGUGCAUGCAGCACAGAUGCCAGCCUUCUCCAAGGAGUAACCUCUUCACCCCCAAGUGACACUAGCUCCUGCUAGUACCAUGGGGCCAGAGGGUGGUUUCUUGGGCAGUGGACAGAUCCACGUCAUCCUGUGGGGGAGUCUGGCAGCCAUGACAACACUUUUGUUCCUCACCUUCCUCAUCUUCCUUUGCUCCAGCUGCAACAGGGAAAAGAAGGCCAGACAUCAGAAUGGAGAUCAUGAAAAUCUGAUGAAUGUGCCUUCUGACAAGGAGGUUUUCAGCCAUUCCAUCACAAGUUCAGCUACAGAGCCCCCCCCAAACAGCGAACAGAACGGGGCACUCAGCAACGGUGAGGUUCUUUCCGAAGACAGUACAACUGCCUGUAUCCAGCCUUAUGAAGAAGUACAGACGUCUGAUCUACUAGAUCAACAGGAUAGUAUUGGAAAGUCUAUAAAAUGUCACCAGAGCCGGGAACUACCCAGUAUUCCCCCUAACACCACCAUGGAAACCAUCAUCGCAGCUAGAAAUGCAGAAAAUGACCAAGGUCUCGGAAUGGAAGGGCCCUAUGAAGUCUUGAAAGACAGCUCCUCUCAGGAGAACAUAGUUGAAGACUGCUUGUAUGAAACUGUGAAGGAAAUUAAAGAUGUUGGAGCAGUAGUCAGCAUGGAAGGGAACUGUAACAGCAAAUCAAAGACUUCGGUGACAGUGUCUGAAGGUCAGACUCAGAUUCCUGACUGCAGAAUUGAAUCAGCAGAAUAUGCAUCUGUUGACCGAAAUAAGAAGAGUCGCCAAAGCGCUAAUUCAGAAAGUCCUCUUGACAACAUACCAGAUGUAGAGGAUGAGCUUCCCCCUCCGGUACCCAUGAAACUUCUCGAUGAAAAUGAGAAUGUGCAAGAAAAAGAAGUGGAAGAAGAAGUGACAGAAGGGGCAAGUAAACCCGAGAAGAGGCUUAGCUCAGUGUCUUACAAGUCUCGAGAGGAAGAUCCAUCUCUUACAGAAGAUGAGAUCUCCGCCAUGUACUCAUCAGUGAGUAAGCCAGGACAGGCCAUCAAGGCACUGGAUUCUCCUUACACCUGUAUUCAAGAAAUUGCAUCUCAGAGGUCCCCAUCUAUUUGCAGUGGCCUCUAUGCAAGUGUGAAAGACUUUGAAAACACCCUAAAUUCUACCACUGUGCCUCAGUCAGCAGACAGACCAAACGGGGAGCUGGAGCCGGACUAUGAAGCUAUCCAGUCAGUGAGCCAAGAAGAAGACAGGACCUUGUCUGUGCCUAACACAAACCACACUGCUCUUUCAGGAGAGAAUGACUAUGAGAGCAUAGGGGACUUGCAGCACCACAGGGAAUUCACCAGACUUUAACUACUCUGGCAGCUGAUUUCUCUGCUGGUAUUUUCAAAGGAACAAGGAAGUGCUUCUCCUUUUGAGGAACAAAGCUAAGUAUAGAACACAAGUUGAGAAGAGGCAAUGUCUGUUUCAGCCAGGGUGUGAUACCUGCUAGGUUAAUUUGGAUGGUGGACUGAGGCUUAUGGCAAAGGGUACAUCAGGUCAGAAGGAUGACCAGGACAACGUAAAGGUUUCUUUAUUGCUAGCUCUGAGGCGACCAGAAUUUGGGAAGAAGUGAGUGCCAUUGGUGUCCCAAUAGGAUUACAUACCAAAAAGACUGCCUUUACACAAAGCUAACUUCUCAUUUUGAGAGAUUAUUUUCUUCAAAGUGUUUUUCAAGUAUCAUUUUUCAUUCCAGUUUGGGCAUCCACAAUGUUGAGCAAAUCACGGAUCAUUGUCCCUCAACUCAGACUUGCUUUGCAGGGCUGGGGAAGGCACGCUCACUUUGGUGUUUUUUGCAGAGCUCCGUCCACAUUCAUUGCAACUAAAGUGCAAACAACAGUACUUCACAAGGGACCUACUCCAGAUGUACUUGAAUUAAUUCUGUUGGCUUUUUCUUUCUUUUGCUUUUUAAUGUCAAGGGUUGUAGAAUGUGACCUGCAGUAUUUGAGACGUGUACUGGUAUUUGUAGGGGUUUUGUUUGAUUAUUUGUGAAAUACCACUUUAAAAUGGCAACUGUCACCCUUAGUGUUCUUGCACUGUUUCCCUUACAUGAAGAUAAAUACCUACCCACACAUACCCCAGACAAUUGUCAUGUUGCAAAAAGUCACGCAAAUGAAUGCAUUGGCAUAAUGUUUAGUCUAACCUUAAUAGUGUUGAGUCCUUUUUUUAAGAAUUUUGCCCUUUUUUAAGACUUAAAGUACUUUAAUAUGUUUGUGUAGUUUAUUAUAUAGGAAAAUUUAUGUACUGUGUUAAGUGGAUAAUAUUUUUAUUUUUUACAAUGUAUUUUUCAUCUUCAAAGUUUUUGUAGAUAACUUACUGGCUUUUUUAACAGGAAUAAUCCCAUUCUUUGUUUGGGCUUUAUUUGGUUUUUGUUAAAAUUUUUUUCCUAUUUCAGAAGUAGGUAAAUGAACAGUUGCUUUGGGGUUGUUUUGAUGGCUUUUUUUUGUCUCCUUAAGCAGGGAUGUGAAACCUGCCUUGCUGUUUUUAAGCUCAAAAUCAUGGAGUCUAUGUAAAAGAACAUGGCCAAAGGG